AUGGAGAUGAAGAAGAUCGCUUGCGCCGUCCUCAUCGCCGCGUCGGCGACCACCGUGGCCCUCGCCGCCGAUGCCCCAGCACCCUCCCCCGCAGGUGUCACAGCCGCGGCGACCGGUGCAUUCCCGGCAGUCGGCGCGGUGCUCGGCGCCUCCCUUGUCUCCUUCUUCGCUUACUACCUGCAGUAA